ACGAUAGUGGUGUUUCAGUGUGAAUAUGUAUUGUUAACGAAUACAUUGUUUUCUAUGGGUAGCUAGCUAACGUUUGUUGUCUAAGUUAGCGAGCUAAUAACCUAGCAAAAAUGGCAAGCUAGCCCGCUAGCUAAAUAUGUUAAUCGAAGAGCUGCUGAAGAAUUGUCACUGUCUGGUGAUUGCUCGUUUUAAGCUUUUUUAGACCUUUUGUCAUUAUUCUUCUAACGCUCUAGCCACCUCACUGAUAAAUAUGUCCGUUUCUUACAACACCACUAGUCUAACAAUGGAGUGAUUUGUACGUCAACAAAAUAUAUGGAAAUCGGCAGCUAAUUUGAUAGCCCAUGGUUUUAGUGCAGGUCGCAGUCUACAGUAGACUGCUGUGUUGGUUUACAGACUGCCAGUGAUGCUAACGUUAGCCAACUGCUUAGCCAGACCAUUGGAACCUCAUUUGGUCAAACAAGCAGAGCAUUUGUUUACGUAGUCUGGCUGCUGGUUGGGGGCAUUUGCACACGGCUGUGAAUGGUAGUGUCUAGAAAGGGUAUGUCCCUUCAGGAGAGAGGUGCCAAUGUCCAACCGGCCUAAUUCCAAUCCAGGGGGGUCACUGCGACGUUCUCAAAGGAACACUGCUGCGGCCCAGCCACAAGACCACACUGCCACAGGAAGGCUGCAGGCAGGGCAGGUAAAACAUAACGCACAUUCCCCUCCUGAAAGUAGAAGACCUAACCUCUCUAAGGCUCCCAAAGCCCCACCCAGCUCAACCUCUGGCUCCUCCAGAGGCCACAGCUCCAGAAGGAACCCUCUCUCGGUGAGUUCUCUGCUAGUCGAGCCGGACCCAGAGGCGGCGGGCCCCUCAGAGCCGCCCAGACACGAGGGCAGCCGGGGCCAGAAGCGCAGCUCCAGCUCCGCUCCCGAGCCCAGCAGCAGCUUCGGCGCCUCCUCCUUCUCCUCCUCCUCAUCCUCAGCCGCCAAGAAGCCCAAAGUCCAGGCCCAGGCCACUGAGGGAUCUUCCUCCUCCUCCUUCUCCUCCUCCUCUUCCUCACAGGCCAGGAAGCCCCCGCUGUACGCCGGGGCCAAGUCCAAAAAGCGUCGCGCCCCCGCCGAGUCUCAGACGAACACUAAAGGCGGCGCCAGCCAGCGCACUUACGGCAGCACCGGCAGCAGCAGCGCCGGGGCAGGCAGCAGGAAGAGCGCAGCCUCCUCUUCCUCUUCCCUCGGGGCCUUGCCGUCUACUUCGGCCGCCCCGCCCAGCCACAAGCGCAAAAAGGCAGACUCUCUCUCGGCCGCAGCUGGCCUGAGCGCCUCCUGCUCUUCCUCCUCCUCCUCCAGCUCCUCCUCUUCCUCGUCCUCUUCCUCGUCCUCCUCCUCCUCCUCCUCUUCCUCCAGCGCCGGGCCCACCUCCUCCUCCAUCCGCACAGCAUCAGCCCCAGCCGCGCUGUCCUCCGCCGCCACCACCACCUCCGGCGCCGGCAAACCCGGCAAGCUGGCGUCCAAGUCGGCCGCCUCGGCCAGAGCUGGGUGUAGCACCUCCUCCUCCUCCAACGCCACCAACGCCGCCGCCAACAACAACACCGCUGCCACAGACUCCUCCCUGUCCUCCGCCUCCUCAUCUUCUUCCUCCUCGUCCUCAUCCUCUUCCUCCUCCUCGGCGGCAGUAGCGGGGGCAGCGGGCAGCUGCGGACCCCCCCACCAGCCGGGCGCCCGGCACAAGCAGGGCAGAGAGCCCGCGGGCGGCAGCGGAAGCAGCGCCGCCGCUAGCAGCAGCAAGGCCCGGCGUUCACGCUCGGCCUCUAGCCCUUCUCCGCGCCGCAGCGGCCGCGACAAGGAACAGGCCAAGGCGGCGGCUGCCGCAGCAGCGGCGGCAGCAGCAGCAGCGGCAGGUAGCUCCAAGUUCGAGUGGGCAUCUCGCUUCAGUCCCAAAGUCAAUCUGCCAAAGCCCAAGCUGUCCCUGCCGGGAUCCUCUUCCUCAUCCUCUUCCUCCUCCAAGGCCGAGACCGCCUCCAAACCUGGGCCCUCGGGACUACAGGCCAAACUAGCAAGUUUGAGGAAGUCCAAUAAGAAGCGCAGCGAGUCUCCCCCAGCAGAGCUCCCCAGCUUUCGGAGGAGCACACGCCAAAAGACCACGGGCUCCUGCGCCAGCACCAGUCGGCGGGGCUCAGGCCUGGGCAAGCGCGGGGCAGCUGAAGCUCGCCGACAAGAGAAAAUGGCCGACUCUGACAACAACCAGGACGGAGCCAACUCCUCCACCGCGCGUGCGGACGAAGCGCCUCAAGGAGCUUCAGCCUCAAGCUCUGUGGCCGGAGCUGUAGGCAUGACUACGUCCGGGGAGAGCGAGUCGGAUGACUCUGAAAUGGGCAGGCUGCAAGCCCUGCUGGAGGCCAGAGGUCUCCCCCCUCACCUGUUUGGACCCCUGGGACCACGCAUGUCUCAGCUCUUCCACAGGACCAUUGGCAGCGGCGCCAGCUCCAAGGCUCAGCAGCUGUUGCAGGGUCUGCAGGCCACAGGUGAUGAGUCCCAACAGCUCCAGGCCGCCAUCGAGAUGUGCCAGCUGCUGGUCAUGGGCAACGAGGAGACGCUGGGAGGCUUCCCCGUCAAGACGGUGGUGCCCGCCCUGAUUCAGCUCUUACAAAUGGAGCACAACUUUGAUAUUAUGAACCACGCGUCCCGUGCCCUCACCUACAUGAUGGAGGCUCUGCCACGCUCCUCAGCUGUGGUGGUGGACGCCAUCCCGGUCUUCUUGGAGAAGCUCCAGGUGAUCCAGUUCAUUGAUGUUGCCGAGCAGGCUCUGACGGCUCUGGAGAUGUUGUCAAGGAGACACAGCAAAGCCAUCCUGAUGAAUAAUGGUUUGGCAGUGUGUCUGCUGUACCUGGAGUUCUUCAGCAUAAAUGCCCAAAGGAACGCCCUGGCUAUCGCAGCCAACUGCUGCCAGAGCAUCACCCCAGAGGACUUCAACUACGUGGCCGACUCUCUGCCCUUGCUCACGCAGAGACUCACACACCAGGAUAAGAAAUCCGUUGAAAGCACUUGUCUUUGUUUCGCCCGACUGGUGGAUAACUAUCAGCAUGAAGAGAAGCUGCUGCAGCAGGUGGCGUCUCGUGAGCUGCUGACCAACGUGCAGCAGCUGCUGGUGCUGACGCCGCCGGUGCUGAGCUCGGGCAUGUUCAUCAUGGUGGUGCGCAUGUUCUCUCUCAUGUGCUCCAACUGCCCCGGCCUCGCCGUGCAGCUCAUGAAGCAGAACAUUGCAGAGACCCUGCGCUUCCUGCUGUGCGGCGCGUCCAACGGGACCUGUCUGGAGCAGCAGAUCGACCUGGUGCCCCGGAGCCCUCAGGAGCUCUACGAGCUCACCUCACUCAUAUGUGAGCUGAUGCCCUGCCUGCCGAGAGAGGGCAUCUUUGCGGUGGACGCCAUGCUGAAGAAGGGCAGUGCCCAGACCACGGAGGGGGCCAUCUGGCAGUGGAGAGACGACCGCGGCCUGUGGCACCCCUACAACCGCAUCGACAGCCGCAUCAUAGAGACGGCUCAUCAGAACGGUGAGGAUGAGAUCAGCCUGACCACGCUGGGCCGUGUCUACACCAUCGACUUCAACUCUAUGCAGCAGAUCAACGAGGACACGGGCACCGCCCGCGGCAUCCAGAGGAAGCCCAACCCGCUAGCCAACCCCAACUCUGGCAGUCACCAGGAGGUGCGUCGGGAGGAUGCGCGUGCCCAGCUGAUGAAGGACGACCCCGAGCUGGCCAAGUGCUUCAUCAAGACACUGUUCGGCGUGCUCUACGAGGUGUACAGCUCCUCGGCCGGCCCCGCCGUCCGACACAAGUGCCUUAGAGCCAUCCUGCGCAUCAUCUACUUCGCCGACGCCGACCUGCUGCGCGACGUACUGCGCAACCACGCUGUGUCCAGCCACAUAGCCUCCAUGCUGUCGAGUCAGGACCUGAAGAUUGUAGUGGGCUCACUGCAGAUGGCAGAGAUCCUCAUGCAGAAGCUCCCAGAUGUCUUCAGCGUCUACUUCAGAAGAGAAGGAGUGAUGCACCAGGUGAAGACUCUUGCCGAGUCGGAGACGUUCCUCAGCAGCAACCCGGCCAGGGCCUGCUCCAGCACGCCGCCCAGCCUGUGCACCACCACCACCAUCACCACCACCACCACCAGCAGUGCCAGCAGCAACGCCCAGCAGCAGCCACCGCAGCAGCCACCUCAGCAGCCCCCCACCGACCUGGGCUCCCCCAGCUUCCAGCACAUGGACGACUCCCUGGACCUCAGCCCACAGGGAAGGUUGAGUGAUGUGCUUAAGAGGAAGAGACUCCCCAAGAGAGGCCCCAGGAGGCCCAAGUACUCCCCACCCAGAGACGACGACAAAGUUGACAAUCAGGCCAAGAGUCCUACCACCACCCAGUCUCCUAAGUCCUCGUUCCUGGCUAACCUGAACCCCAAGACGUGGGGCCCCAAGCUGGGCGUGCAGACCAACAACUCCAGUUCAGAGCCCUCGCGCACCGCUGGGGUCAGCGGCCUGGCACGACCCCCUGCCAAGGACUCUGUGUCCAACAACAGGGACAAGAUAAAGGCCUGGAUCAAGGAGCAAUCCUGCAAGUUUGUGGAGCGCUACUUCAACUCUGAGAACGUGGACAGCAGCAACCCUGCUCUGAAUGUACUACAGAGACUCUGCACUGCCACAGAGCAGCUUAACCUUCAAGUGGAUGAAGGUGUGGAGUGCCUUGUGGAGAUCUCCGGCAUCGUGUCGGAGUCGGACGUGUCGUCGUUUGAGAUCCAGCACAGCGGGUUGGUGAAGCAGCUGCUGCUCUACCUGACGUCCUGCACCGACCGCAACGCCGUCACGCGCGACCAGCGCAUCAAGCGCUUCCUGCACAUAUUCUGCGGAUGCCCGGUGUCAGGGCAGGAUGCGUCGGGCCGCCUGGACCCCAGCGAGAACCUGCCCCUGCUGGCGCUGGUGCACAAGAUGAACAACUGCCUCAGCCAGAUGGAGCAAUUCCCCGUCAAGGUGCACGACUUCCCCUCCGGAAACGGCAACGGCAGCAGAGGUUCCCAGGCUCUGAAGUUCUUCAACACACACCAGCUGAAGUGCCAGCUGCAGAGGCACCCAGACUGCACCAAUGUCAAACAGUGGAAGGGUGGACCCGUCAAAAUUGACCCCCUGGCCUUGGUACAGGCCAUCGAGAGAUAUCUCGUGGUCAGAGGCUACGGCCGAAUUAGGGAAGAGGAUGAAGACAGCGACGAUGAUGGAUCGGAUGAUGAAAUCGACGAGUCAUUGGCGGCGCAGUUCCUGAACUCGGGCAGCGUGCGCCACCGGCUGCAGUUCUACAUGGGCGAGACGCUGUUGCCGUACAACAUGACGGUGUACCAGGCGGUGCGGCAGUACAGCCUGCAGGCCGAGGAGGAGCGCGAGUCCACCGACGACGAGGCCAACCCUCUGGGCCGCGCCGGCAUCUGGACCAAGACGCACACCAUCUGGUAUAAGCCAGUGAGGGAAGACGAGGACGGCACAAAAGACGCAGUGGGAGGCAAGAGGGGCAGAGCACAGACAGCCCCCACCAAGACCUCCCCACGCAACGCCAAGAAGCAGGACGAGCUCUGGCACGAUGGCGUGUGUCCCAGCAUCACUAACCCCCUGGAGUGCUACCUCAUAUCGGACCCUCCGGAGACCAUUACCUUCGAUGACCCCUCGCUAGAGGUCAUCCUGCUGCUGCGUGUGCUCCACUCCAUCAGUCGAUACUGGUUCUACCUGUACGAAAAUGCUGUGUGUAAGGAGUUGAUGGCCACCACGGAGUUCAUCAACAGCAAGCUGACGGCCAAAGCCAACCGGCAGCUACAGGACCCGCUGGUCAUCAUGACCGGCAACAUCCCCACCUGGCUCAUUGAGCUGGGCAAGACCUGCCCGUUCUUCUUCCCCUUUGACACGCGGCAGAUGCUCUUCUACGUGACGGCGUUCGACAGGGACCGCGCCAUGCAACGCCUGCUCGACACCAACCCCGAAAUCAACCAAUCAGACUCGCAGGACAGCCGCGUGGCGCCACGCCUCGACAGGAAGAAGAGGACGAUAAACCGCGAUGAGCUGCUAAAGCAGGCAGAGUCUCUGAUGCAGGACCUGGGCAGUUCCAGAGCCAUGCUGGAAAUCCAGUAUGAGAACGAGGUGGGCACUGGCCUUGGUCCCACGUUGGAGUUCUACGCUCUGGUGUCUCAGGAGCUGCAGAGAGCAGACCUGGGCUUGUGGAGAGGAGAGGAGGUUACACUGAGCAACCCUAAAGGGAGUCAAGAGGGCACUAAGUACAUGUUCAGCUCCAGAGGGCUGUUUGCCGUGCCGUUUGGCCGCACCACCAAGCCGGCUCACAUAGCCAAGAUCAAGAUGAAGUUCCGCUUCCUGGGCAAGCUCAUGGCCAAAGCCAUCAUGGACUUCAGACUGCUGGACCUGCCGUUGGGCCUGCCAUUCUACAAGUGGAUGCUGCGGCACGAGGCGUCCAUCAGCUCCCAUGACCUGGUCAACAUCGACCCCAGCGUGGCCAAGUCAAUACAGCACCUGGAGGACAUCAUCCGCCAGAAGAAGAGGCUCGAGCAGGACCGCUCACACACGCGGGAGUCCCUUCAACAGGCCUUGGAGAGCCUGAACAUGAACGGCUGCUCGGUGGAGGACCUGGGCCUGGACUUCACGCUGCCCGGCUUCCCCAACAUCGAGCUCAAGAAGGGGGGCAAAGACCAGCCUGUCACCAUCCACAACCUGGAGGAAUACCUCAGGUUGGUGGUGUACUGGACUAUGAACGAGGGCGUGUCACGGCAAUUUGAGUCGUUCAGGGAAGGCUUCGAGUCAGUCUUUCCUCUACAUCACCUGCAGUACUUCUACCCAGAGGAGCUUGAUCAGCUGCUCUGUGGCAGCAAGUCGGAGACCUGGGAUGUCAAGACACUCAUGGAGUGCUGUCGGCCAGACCACGGAUACACACACGACAGCCGGGCGGUGCGGUUCCUGUUCGAGGUGCUCAGUAGCUUUGACGCAGAGCAGCAGAGACUCUUCCUGCAGUUUGUCACUGGAAGCCCCAGGCUGCCUGUCGGAGGAUUCCGGAGCUUGAACCCUCCGCUGACGAUCGUGCGCAAGACGUUUGAGUCGACGGAGAACCCGGACGACUUCCUGCCGUCGGUGAUGACGUGCGUGAACUACCUGAAGCUGCCCGACUACUCCAGCAUCACCAUCAUGCGCGAGAAACUCUUGAUUGCGGCCCGCGAGGGCCAGCAGUCCUUCCACCUCUCCUGAUGGAUCGGCUGGAUCGCACCUCCUCCUCCUCCUUCUCCUCCUCCGUGCCCCAGCCCCCCGCCCCUCCCUUCUCUCUUCCUUCGACUCGCUCCCUCGAUCCCUCACCUGUCCUCUUUGCCACCCACCCAGGCCCCCAUUUCGUCUCGUUCAGAAUGCCUUCUUAUCCCCCACCCCUCCAGCUCACUGAUCAUGACUUCCGCCUAGGAACUUUUGUCAUCCAACAGACUUUUGCAUUUUUUUUCUUUUUUGGUUACAUUUCUGUUUUUCUUUCUUUGAGUUUUGGUCCUGCUUAUUAUUUUUUUUUCUUUUGGUCUGGCCCUCUUGGAAGGGGCUGCCCAGCAUGCCCUUCCAAAAAAAAAAGUCCCCCACCUGAAAAAAACAAACCCCGAAACCACAUGAAAGAAAACCACGAGGAAAAAAAGUACUGCAAACACUUAAAACUUGCAGAUAACAAGAGGGAGAUGAGAGGGAAGAAACAAAAACACAGAGAUGGAAAAACCAGAGACUUAAAACUGCACUUCUCCCUCUCUUAUCUCUCUCUCUCUCUCACUCUCUCUUUGUCUUUCAUCCUCUCACCCCCUUUCUCUCCCCCUCCCAGUGUACACAACCUAUGACCCUUACAAAAAAGAAAAAAAAAGGACAAAAAAAUGUUUAAAAAAUAUCAGUAGUUGAGUAAUGUGUUAAACUUACUAAGAUCGAGGGGUUUCGGGGGGGAUGAGACAUACCUGGCUGACAUUAUAAACUUGCACCGCUGUGUCAUAUUCAGAAGAAACAACGAAAAAAAUGAGUGGGGGAAAAAAGAAAAAGGGAUUUUUAUCUCUCCUGACACUCUGGCAUGGUGACGCCAUCACUGUGUGUGCGUGUGUGUGUGUGUGUAUAUGCGUGUGUGAGCUGUGUGUGUAUGUGUGCUUGGAGGGGUGGGUGGUGGUUGUGAAAGGGAGGGGUUCUCUCAUUUAAGCAGGCUAGGUUCACUUAGAGCUCCAAAGAUCAUUUGUACAGACAAGGUAAAAGAUGACAAAAAGAAGAAAAAAAAAGUUGCAGAUUCUGCUCAACACACAUUUGAAUAGGGUUAGCAAUGUGUGUGUGUUCUUUCUUUCUCUUUCUCUUGCACUCUUUCCUUUACUCCUCUCUUUCUCUUUCUCCCCAUCUCCAUAUCCCCCAAUCCUAGUCUCUCGGUCUCCUGUGAUGGAGCCUUGUCCCCACCUCCACAACACACACACACACGCCCCUUUUUCAUCCUGUGUGUUUUGCUUCCCCCCCUAGUUCAGCUUCAGUUUAUUGUAAUUAUAAUAAUUAUUAUUAUUUUCUCUUUCUCCAUCUCUGUGUGUUGAAUUUUUUUUUUUUUCCAUUAUUAACUGUUUCCGGCAGAUUUCCUGAAGAUGUGUGUGCGAGUUGCAGUUUGGUUGAAUGCGAGUAGUGACAUUUAAAGAAAAAAAAAGAAGCAUAGUGUCUAUCACUAUUAUUAUAAUUAUUAUUAUUGUUGUUAUUUGAUUGUUUUUGUUUUUCUUUUUUUUUUCUACCCGAAUUGAAAUGAUGUUCUGGCCUACAGUUACACCACCGACCCCCCAUCCUCCUCUUCCUCCAGCAUCUUCCUUGCGGUUCUUCCCUCCAAGGAUGGAGGGAUGAGACUUUAGGCGGAGAGGAAGAGGAGGAGAAGGGUGUUGAGGUUCCUUUGGCACAUGCAUAGUUAGAGUAGCAUGCGCUUGCUGGAAACAUUUUGGGGACUUUAAACAAGUUAAUAAAGUUAUAACCACAGAUUUGCUCUCACACACGUAAAGUGUGUGUCCAAUGCCGUCUGUGUUGAAAGACUUUCGGGCUCUGCACCGGAUUUGCCCGUGCUGUCAAGUCCCCUUCCUCACAAAUCCCCCGUUCUUUAAAAAGCAGCGCACAUGAACACGGGAAGAGAUAUGGACAGAUGAAAAAAAAAGGAGGCUGGUCUCAGUUUUGUUUGUGUUGUGGCCAGAUAGCAUUUCAGAAAACAAUGAAAAUGAAACGAGAAUUAAAAAGGAAAAGAGAAAAAAAAAGUUAACAGAAUAAAGUUUAUAUGCAGAUUUUCUGCCCUGGUUCGUGGCAUGUUAUAUCUGCUAUACAUUUUUUUAAUUUGAAAUUUUCUAUUUUUUCCUGUUUUUGUUUUCAUUUGUUUUUUGUCCUUUUCAUCUUUUUCUUUUCUUGCUGUAGUAUUUUUUUCUUUUGCACUGCUGGCUUGGAACAAACCGUGGUGUGCACUGCAGUCAGUGGCCAGGAGAUGGCAGCAGAGCGCACCUCUCCUGUUGCCCCAUCGUUCAUGUGCUGGUUUUUAAGAUCUGCAAUAAUUUACUGCAUCAGGUUCGUGUUUUUACCUGAACUUAAAUAAAGUAACUGUUUGACUCA